AUGCAGCUCACCUCAUACAACCGCAAUCAAACACACCUGAACAAGCUAAUCAAGGCUUUCCAUUUAGUUACUAGAAAGCUACUGGCAGUGAAACCCGGUCAAUGUCCUGACCCAAAGAACAUUCCACUGUCUGCUAAAAACUGUGUCCAUGAUGGUCAGUGUCCUGCCACACAGAACCAGGGCAGCGGACAGGGUGCCGGACAGGGCGCCGGUCAGGGAAGCGGACAGGGUGCCGGACAGGGCGCCGGUCAGGGAAGCGGACAGGGUGCCGGACAGGGCGCCGGUCAGGGAAGCGGACAGGGUGCCGGACAGGGCGCCGGUCAGGGAAGCGGACAGGGCGCCGGACAGGGCCAGGGAAGCGGACAGGGCGCCGGCCAGGGAAGCGGACAGGGUGCCGGACAGGGCGCCGGUCAGGGAAGCGGACAGGGUGCCGGACAGGGCGCCGGUCAGGGAAGCGGACAGGGCGCCGGACAGGGCCAGGGAAGCGGACAGGGCGCCGGACAGGGCCAGGGAAGCGGACAGGGCGCCGGACAGGGCCAGGGAAGCGGACAGGGCGCCGGACAGGGCCAGGGAAGCGGACAGGGCGCCGGCCAGGGAAGCGGACAGGGCGCCGGCCAGGGAAGCGGACAGGGCGCCGGCCAGGGAAGCGGACAGGGUGCCGGACAGGGUGCCGGUCAGGGAGCCGGACAGGGUGCCGGUCAGGGAAGCGGACAGGGUGCCGGACAGGGCGCCGGUCAGGGAAGCGGACAGGGUGCCGGACAGGGCGCCGGUCAGGGAAGCGGACAGGGUGCCGGACAGGGCCAAGGAAGAGGACAGGGUGCCGGACAGGGCGCCGGUCAGGGAAGCGGACAGGGUGCCGGACAGGGCCAGGGAAGAGGACAGGGUGCCGGACAGGGCGCCGGUCAGGGAAGCGGACAGGGUGCCGGACAGGGCCAGGGAAGCGGACAGGGUGCUGGACAAGGCGCCGGACAGGGCCAGGGAAGCGGACAGGGCCAGGGAAGCGGACAGGGUGCAGGACAGGGACAGGGUGCCGGCCAGGGAAGCGGCCAGGGUGCAGGACAGGGCCAGGGAAGCGGACAGGGUGCCGGACAGGGCCAGGGAAGCGGACAGGGUGCCGGACAGGGCCAGGGAAGCGGACAGGGUGCCGGACAGGGCCAGGGAAGCGGACAGGGUGCCGGACAGGGCCAGGGAAGCGGACAAGGCGCCGGACAGGGCCAGGGAAGCGGACAGGGCCAGGGUGCCGGCCAGGGAAGCGGACAGGGUGCAGGACAGGGCCAGGGAAGCGGACAGGGUGCAGGACAGGGACAGGGAAGCGGACAGGGUGCAGGACAGGGCCAGGGAAGCGGACAGGGUGCUGGACAGGGCGCCGGACAGGGCCAGGGAAGCGGCCAGGGUGCAGGACAGGGCCAGGGAAGCGGACAGGGCGCCGGACAGGGCCAGGGAAGCGGACAGGGUGCAGGACAGGGCCAGGGAAGCGGACAGGGUGCAGGACAGGGCCAGGGAAGCGGACAGGGUGCAGGACAGGGCCAGGGAAGCGGACAGGGUGCUGGACAGGGCGCCGGACAGGGCCAGGGAAGCGGACAGGGCCAGGGUGCCGGCCAGGGAAGCGGACAGGGGACUGGUUUUGGUCAGGGAAGCGGCUAUGGCCAGGGAUCUGGUAGUGGACAGGGAGUUGGCCAAGGAAGCGGCUACGGCCAGGGAAGCGGCUAUGGCCAGGGAUCUGGUAGUGGACAGGGAGUUGGUCAGGGAAGCGGCUACGGUCAGGGAAGCGGCUAUGGCCAGGGAUCUGGUAGUGGACUGGGAGUUGGUCAGGGAAGUGGCUUCGGCCAGGGAUCUGGUAGUGGUCAGGGAAGCGGCUACGGUCAGGGAAGCGGCUACGGCCAGGGAUCUGGUAUUGGUCAGGGAAGCGGCUACGGUCAGGGAAGCGGCUAUGGCCAGGGAUCUGGUAGUGGUCAGGGAAGCGGCUACGGUCAGGGAAGUGGCUACGGCCAGGGAUCUGGUAGUGGACAGGGAGUUGGUCAGGGAAGCGGCUAUGGCCAGGGAUCUGGUAGUGGACAGGGAGUUGGUCAGGGAAGUGGCUUCGGCCAGGGAUCUGGUAUUGGUCAGGGAAGCGGCUACGGUCAGGGAAGCGGCUAUGGCCAGGGAUCUGGUAGUGGUCAGGGAAGCGGCUACGGUCAGGGAAGUGGCUACGGCCAGGGAUCUGGUAGUGGACUGGGAGUUGGUCAGGGAAGUGGCUUCGGCCAGGGAUCUGGUAUUGGUCAGGGAAGCGGCUACGGUCAGGGAAGCGGCUAUGGCCAGGGAUCUGGUAGUGGACAGGGAGUUGGUCAGGGAAGUGGCUUCGGCCAGGGAUCUGGUAGUGGUCAGGGAAGCGGCUACGGUCAGGGAAGCGGCUAUGGCCAGGGAUCUGGUAGUGGUCAGGGAAGCGGCUACGGUCAGGGAAGUGGCUACGGCCAGGGAUCUGGUAGUGGUCAGGGAAGCGGCUACGGUCAGGGAAGCGGCUAUGGCCAGGGAUCUGGUAGUGGUCAGGGAAGCGGCUACGGUCAGGGAAGUGGCUACGGCCAGGGAUCUGGUAGUGGUCAGGGAAGCGGCUACGGUCAGGGAAGUGGCUACGGCCAGGGAUCUGGUAGUGGACAGGGAGUUGGUCAGGGAAGCGGCUACGGUCAGGGAAGCGGCUAUGGCCAGGGAUCUGGUAGUGGUCAGGGAAGCGGCUACGGUCAGGGAAGUGGCUACGGCCAGGGAUCUGGUAGUGGACAGGGAGUUGGUCAGGGAAGCGGCUAUGGCCAGGGAUCUGGUAGUGGACAGGGAGUUGGUCAGGGAAGUGGCUUCGGCCAGGGAUCUGGUAUUGGUCAGGGAAGCGGCUACGGUCAGGGAAGCGGCUAUGGCCAGGGAUCUGGUAGUGGUCAGGGAAGCGGCUACGGUCAGGGAAGUGGCUACGGCCAGGGAUCUGGUAGUGGACAGGGAGUUGGUCAGGGAAGCGGCUAUGGCCAGGGAUCUGGUAGUGGACAGGGAGUUGGUCAGGGAAGUGGCUUCGGCCAGGGAUCUGGUAUUGGUCAGGGAAGCGGCUACGGUCAGGGAAGCGGCUAUGGCCAGGGAUCUGGUAGUGGUCAGGGAAGCGGCUACGGUCAGGGAAGUGGCUACGGCCAGGGAUCUGGUAGUGGACAGGGAGUUGGUCAGGGAAGCGGCUACGGUCAGGGAAGCGGCUAUGGCCAGGGAUCUGGUAGUGGUCAGGGAAGCGGCUACGGUCAGGGAAGUGGCUUCGGCCAGGGAUCUGGUAGUGGACAGGGAGUUGGUCAGGGAAGUGGCUUCGGCCAGGGAUCUGGUAUUGGUCAGGGAAGCGGCUACGGUCAGGGAAGCGGCUAUGGCCAGGGAUCUGGUAGUGGACAGGGAGUUGGUCAGGGAAGUGGCUUCGGCCAGGGAUCUGGUAGUGGUCAGGGAAGCGGCUACGGUCAGGGAAGCGGCUAUGGCCAGGGAUCUGGUAGUGGUCAGGGAAGCGGCUACGGUCAGGGAUCUGGUAGUGGUCAGGGAGUUGGUCAGGGAAGUGGCUUCGGCCAGGGAUCUGGUAUUGGUCAGGGAAGCGGCUACGGUCAGGGAAGCGGCUAUGGCCAGGGAUCUGGUAGUGGUCAGGGAAGCGGCUACGGUCAGGGAAGUGGCUACGGCCAGGGAUCUGGUAGUGGACAGGGAGUUGGUCAGGGAAGUGGCUUCGGCCAGGGAUCUGGUAUUGGUCAGGGAAGCGGCUACGGUCAGGGAAGCGGCUAUGGCCAGGGAUCUGGUAGUGGACAGGGAGUUGGUCAGGGAAGCGGCUACGGUAAGGGAAGCGGCUAUGGCCAGGGAUCUGGUAGUGGUCAGGGAAGCGGCUACGGUCAGGGAAGCGGCUACGGCCAGGGAUCUGGUAGUGGUCAGGGAAGCGGCUACGGUCAGGGAAGUGGCUACGGCCAGGGAUCUGGUAGUGGUCAGGGAAGCGGCUACGGUCAGGGAAGCGGCUAUGGCCAGGGAUCUGGUAGUGGUCAGGGAAGCGGCUACGGUCAGGGAAGUGGCUACGGCCAGGGAUCUGGUAGUGGACAGGGAGUUGGUCAGGGAAGCGGCUACGGUCAGGGAAGCGGCUAUGGCCAGGGAUCUGGUAGUGGACAGGGAGUUGGUCAGGGAAGUGGCUUCGGCCAGGGAUCUGGUAUUGGUCAGGGAAGCGGCUACGGUCAGGGAAGCGGCUAUGGCCAGGGAUCUGGUAGUGGACAGGGAGUUGGUCAGGGAAGCGGCUACGGUCAGGGAAGCGGCUAUGGCCAGGGAUCUGGUAGUGGACAGGGAGUUGGUCAGGGAAGUGGCUUCGGCCAGGGAUCUGGUAGUGGUCAGGGAAGCGGCUACGGUCAGGGAAGCGGCUACGGCCAGGGAUCUGGUAGUGGUCAGGGAAGCGGCUACGGUCAGGGAAGCGGCUACGGCCAGGGAUCUGGUAUUGGUCAGGGAAGUGGCUUCGGCCAGGGAUCUGGUAGUGGUCAGGGAAGCGGCUACGGUCAGGGAAGCGGCUACGGCCAGGGAUCUGGUAGUGGUCAGGGAAGCGGCUACGGUCAGGGAAGCGGCUACGGCCAGGGAUCUGGUAGUGGUCAGGGAAGCGGCUAUGGUCAGGGCAGCGGCUACGGCCAGGGAUCUGGUAUUGGUCAGGGAAGCGGCUACGGUCAGGGAAGCGGCUAUGGCCAGGGAUCUGGUAGUGGUCAGGGAAGCGGCUACGGUCAGGGAAGUGGCUACGGCCAGGGAUCUGGUAGUGGACAGGGAGUUGGUCAGGGAAGCGGCUACGGUCAGGGAAGCGGCUAUGGCCAGGGAUCUGGUAGUGGACAGGGAGUUGGUCAGGGAAGUGGCUUCGGCCAGGGAUCUGGUAUUGGUCAGGGAAGCGGCUACGGUCAGGGAAGCGGCUAUGGCCAGGGAUCUGGUAGUGGACAGGGAGUUGGUCAGGGAAGUGGCUUCGGCCAGGGAUCUGGUAGUGGUCAGGGAAGCGGCUACGGUCAGGGAAGCGGCUACGGCCAGGGAUCUGGUAGUGGUCAGGGAAGCGGCUACGGUCAGGGAAGCGGCUACGGCCAGGGAUCUGGUAGUGGUCAGGGAAGCGGCUACGGUCAGGGAAGCGGCUACGGCCAGGGAUCUGGUAGUGGACAGGGAGUUGGCCAGGGAAGCGGCUACGGCCAGGGAAGCGGCUACGGCCAGGGAAGCGGCUACGGCCAAGGAUCUGGUAGUGGACAGGGAGUUGGUCAGGGAAGCGGCUACGGCCAGGGAACAGGUAGUGGACAGGGAGUUGGUCUGGGAAGCGGCUACGGCCAGGGAAGCGGCUACGGCCAGGGAUCUGGUAGUGGACAGGGAGUUGGCCAGGGAAGCGGCUACGGUCAGGGAAGCGGCUACGGCCAGGGAUCUGGUAGUGGACAGGGAGUUGGCCAGGGAAGCGGCUACGGCCAGGGAAGCGGCUACGGCCAGGGAUCUGGUAGUGGACAGGGAGUUGGUCAGGGAAGCGGCUACGGUCAGGGAAGCGGCUACGGCCAGGGAUCUGGUAGUGGACAGGGAGUUGGUCAGGGAAGCGGCUACGGUCAGGGAAGCGGCUACGGCCAGGGAUCUGGUAGUGGACAGGGAGUUGGUCAGGGAAGCGGCUACGGUCAGGGAAGCGGCUACGGCCAGGGAUCUGGUAGUGGUCAGGGAAGCGGCUAUGGUCAGGGAAGUGGCUAUGGCCAGGGAUCUGGUAGUGGACAGGGAGUUGGUCAGGGAAGCGGCUACGGUCAGGGAAGCGGCUACGGCCAGGGAUCUGGUAGUGGUCAGGGAAGCGGCUAUGGUCAGGGAUCUGGUAGUGGACAGGGAGUUGGCCAGGGAAGCGGUCUGUGAUGUGGUCAGGGAAAUUGUGGUCUUUGAAACUUUUCUUCGAAUUUUGCAUAACGUCUACAGGAGAUCUUUUCAAUUCAGUGCUAUGUUCAUAAGGAUUUUUCCCUUUUUGCUCUAACAUUUCAGAAAGUCUAUCUCUGCCUCCUUCCCUUAAAUAAAAAGAAAAUUGCUUGAUUGAAA